AUGGAGGCUAUAGAGGCAAAGCUCAACGAGCUUGUCAUGAAUCCGUCCUUGUACCCUCUUCUCGCGAUCCUGAAGUCUGCAAGGAAUGGCGCUGUGUACGGAGCAAAAGUCCGAUUCCCUCACGCUCUAGUGAUGGUAUUCAUGUUCCGGUCUGGCAGCUUCCGUGAGAAGGUUGGCCUUGUGCUCAAGGCAACUCGACAGCAUGCCAUGAACCUUGCCAGAUUUGCAACAAUAUACAAGACAGCUAUGCUGGUGUUGUCCCUCAUCAACCCCAACAACCCAGGAAAGGAAGGACCGUAUGAUACAUUCUUCGCUGGUGGUCUGGGAGGUUAUUAUGUUUUCGGACGAAAUUACAACAGCAUCAAGCAACAGAUCGUCAUCUACGUCUUUGCGAGAGUCGUGCUAGCUUUGGCCCAGCUCUCCAUAGAAUCGCCCGCAUACACAUCUACUACUCCUACACCAACUCUCUUUACCCAGAGGUUCAGUCCAGCUACGAAAGAGUUGAUCCAGAGGAACGCCUGGCCAGUUUUUGCCAGUUUGAGCUGGGCCCUCGUCAUGUACGUGUUCAGGUGGCAGCCCGAGAGUAUACAAUCGAGUCUCAAGAGCAGUAUGAAGUACAUCUAUGUCAACUGUGACCACUGGGACAACUUUAGGAAUUUUCUGGUCUACAACACCUGA